AUGGGGUUUGGUGCCCUCAGCAUCGCAGCUUACACGGAAGCCAUGCAGGUUCCCAACGUGCUGCCCCCCAUCCUGCUGGACGUCUCACAGGGCUGGGAGACAUGGGGGGGCACCCAACCAGCCACCCUCGACCUCCUCGUCAGCAUCAACAUGAUGCACAUCGCGGAGCUGCGGUGCACCGAGGGCCUGUUCAAGGGUGCCGGAGUGCUGCUGAAGCCUGGGGCCGUGCUCUUCACCUAUGGGCCCUACGCUGUGGAUGGCCAGAUCAGCCCCCAGAGCAACGUGGACUUCGACCGCAGCCUGAGGCAGAG